ACACAAAAUCACACACACACACUCUAAUGGAGAGACAUGAAUUGAGGAUAUCUCUGCAAAUAUUAUUGCUUAUCUUCUUCUUCUUCUUCACACUCCACUGUUAUCUAAUAAGUUCACAACAAACAGACUCGUGCACUUGCAAUCUCAACCUCCAAGUCCCUAUCCCUUUUGAUACUUCCAACCUCCAUUGUCUUUCUGUCUGGGAUUCUCAAGGUUUCAUUCUCAGAUAUGUUCAGACGUCUUCAAACUUAUGGAGCUUCAUCCUCUCAACACCAGACACCAACUCCUACAUAGCAAUGGGUUUCUCGGCGGACGGUGGGAUGGCUGGUUCUAGUGCGAUGGUGGGGUGGGUGGCAGCGCAGGGAAGCAGCGGCGGAAUAAAGCAGUACUAUCUGGGAGGUUUAACACCAGACCAGGUGGUGCCAGACAAAGGAAACCUGCAAGUGAUAGGAAAUUCAAGCUUCAUAACAAUGGAGUCAGGUCGUGUUUACAUGGUGUUUCAGUUGGCAACCACCACCACCGCUUCGCCGUCGUCAUUUCUCUUAUUCGCCACCGGACCCACCGGCUUGUUUCCUUCAGCUCCAAGCUAUCGACUUGUGAAGCACCUUGAUAAGGUGUCUAUCAGAAUCAACUACACUUCAGGAAGCAUUGGGAAUUCUCAAUCACAAGCAAGUGGAGGUUCUUCAUCUUCUUCAUCUUCAUCAUCAUCACCUUCUUCUUCAUCAACACAAUUAGGUGACUCUUGUGGCAAUAAGCUGAAUUUGAAUGGUGUUUUCCCAUUUGACACAACCAAUCUAAAUUGCUUUCCCGUUUGGAAUGCUCAAGAUUUCAUCCUCAGAUAUUCUCAGAGUUCUUCAUAUGUAUGGAGCUUCAUUGUGUCAGCACCAGACAAGAACAGCUACAUAGCCAUGGGGUUCUCUCCCAACGGAGGCAUGGUGGGGUCCAGCGCCAUUGUUGGUUGGGUUCCAUCCACCGGUUCUAGUGCAGCAGGCUUGAAGCAGUAUUAUCUUGGUGGUACUUCACCAUCCCAAGUUGUCCCUGACAGAGGAAACUUGCAAUUGGUGGCCAACUCAACCGUAAUCACUUCUCAGUCCUCUCGUCUCUUCUUGGCCUUUCAGUUGCAGACAGCCCAGCCGCCGUUGUCCCGGCUCAUUUUUGCCGUUGGACCGACCGGUGUCUUUCCUUCGGCUCCAAGUUUUGCCCUAGCUCAGCACCAAGACAAGGCCUCCACUACCUUCAAUUACGCUACUGCAACAGGAUCAAGUGCAUCAUCAUCAUCAUCAUUAUCAGGGAACGCAAUUGUGAGCCUAAAAAGAACACAUGGAUUGUUGAACAUAUUGGGAUGGGGAGUACUGAUCAUAAUGGGAGCCAUAAUUGCUCGCCACUUCAGGCAAUGGGAUCCACUUUGGUUUUACUUUCAUGUCUCAUUUCAAACAUUGGGCUUCAUUCUUGGGGUCAUUGGGGUCAUUACUGGGCUUCUCUUGAACAAUCAACUUCAUGCUAACGUUGAAAUCCACAAAGCCCUUGGGAUCACUAUUCUCGUCUUGGGAUGCCUUCAGAUGAUGGCUAUUCUGGGGAGGCCAAACAAGGACACAAAAGCAAGAAAGUAUUGGAAUUUGUACCAUCACAAUACAGGCAGAAUAUUGAUCAUUAUUGCAAUAGCAAACAUUUUCUAUGGAAUCCAUUUAGGUCAUGAAGGAAGUGCUUGGAGGAUAGGUUAUGGCAUAGUUCUUGCCAUUUUACUUUUUAUUGCUUUCAUUUUUGAGAUGAGAAAGUGGAGUGAUGAUGAAGAUGAUGAUGAUGAUUAAAACAAUAUUAUUUGUUGAGUGUAAUAAUUGUAAUUCUU